AGGGCAUGGGUACUCGCUGUCUCUCAUAUCCGCCCAUGCCCCCCAUUUCUGCAUUGGUUUUACUCGUCCUGAUAGGAAUUGGUGUCGAUUCGGCUUUUGGAUGUGACCUUGGAAUGUGUUGGACGAGGUACCAGGAUGCAACGGCAGCUCUUAAUUCGGGGAUUCUUAUGGAUUUACUACCAAAAGGAGUCACUGACAAUCCAAAGUGCAUAGUUAUUCGUACUUAUGUGAAAUGUAUAAAUAAGCAAGGACAUCGCUAUGAAUGCAAGACAAGUCUUUCUUUCCAGUCUGAAAAAAUAGGAAAUAAAAAAGCAUUAAAAGAAUUAAACUGUUCAAUUAAUGGAGAAGUAUAUGAUCCAGCCGCAAAUACUGUACCACAUUUUCCUCAAGUACCAGAUUCUGAAUUUAUGUGUUCGUAUGAAGGACAAAGAAACUAUAAGCACUGCGGGUUAUUUGGAGAUCCCCAUCUCAGGACUUUCAGUGAUGAAUUUCAAACAUGUAAAGUUGAGGGUGCAUGGUCACUCAUAAACAACAAGCACCUGACAGUGCAGGUGACUAAUGAUCCUGUUGUGACUAGUGGAGCUGCCACUGCUACUAGCAAGCUUACAGUUGUGAUAAAGAAGAAUGAAGAUUGUGCAGCUCAUCGCUUUGUGACCUAUGCUGCACAAACAGACAAUUUGCCUGGGUCGUUUGAUGAUGGUAGUACGACCUAUGGUCCAGACAACAGUGUGAGACUGUAUGAAAUAGAACCUGGCAAACAUAUAAAAAUAUACCUUAGAUUCAUAGACACAACAAUUGUGGUUCGCCAAAUAGGUCGGUAUUUCACAUUUGCGAUCAAAAUGCCACAAGAAGUGAUAAAUAAAAGCAGGGAAGAGGAUGUGUUGGAAUUGUGUGUCCGCGGUUGCCCACAACAAGAACGGAUUAAUUAUCAAAAGUAUUUAGCUGAAAAGAAAAACAAAAUUUUACCUCCUACCGGUGUUAGUAGUGAUAGCAUUGAAAUGCAGCGUUCAGAUGCUGUGAAUUUGUGUAAACAAGCCAAAGUUGUGGAUUUUUAUUUCGAUUCGUGUGUGUUCGAUCUCAUGACAACAGGGGACAAAGUCUUCACUGUGUCAGCUUACCAGGCAUGGCAGGACCUCAUCGAGCUUACACCUGAAAUGAGGCAGACACAAACAAAUCGUACAGACCUCUCAAGGUAUGACAACAUGCACAGCAGUGCUGCCACCUUCAGGACUAACUACACAUCAUCUUUAAGAAUUUUAGUAUUAACGAUUUUACUGUGUCUGUGGCACCAGUACCAUCCAGUAUAACACAGG